UCCAGAUUCAGACAUGGAAGACAAGAUCAUAGAAGAAUCCGACAAACCAACGGCUCCACUGAGAUAUCUGCAGAGAUUAAAAAAACCGGCAAUAUUUGGAGUACUUUCCUUGCUUAUUCUGACGAUGAACCUCUACUUCAGCCUCACUCUUCCUUUCCUAACCGACGAGAUCGUAAAAAAUCGCAAACAAAGAGCUAUUAUUGGUGGGGUCUUGGCAGGGACGUUGCCUUUCGUAGGCGCAGUAACCUCUCUAAUAGCAGGAUCUGUAGCAUCAAAAACCACUGUGAAGAUGAUGGUUGGGUGGAGUGGGGUGGCCCUUUUCCUUACCUCUAUCGUGUUUGUCAUUCCCAUGUUUAAUAACGCCUUGUUUGAUGUAUCGGUCGUCAUAUGCAGAGCAAUCCAAGGAGCAGCAUUAGGGCUAGCUGAACCGAUGGUCGUGGCAGUCAUGGGAUCAAUUUACAAAGAUUCUCUCGGGAUGGUAACGGCAAUAUAUGAACUUACUUUCAGUGCUUCCCUGGCACUUGGACCCUUCAUGGGGGGUUUCCUUUACGAUGUAGGAGGAUUCUAUCUUCCUUUUGUAGUGACGGGGUCGCUUCAUUUAAUAAUGAGCAUAAUAGCUAUCAUUGCAAUAACAAAAAGUGCCAAAGAAAGAUCUGAGGAAGACACCACUUUGACUAACGCGAACGAGACCACCAGCAGAAUGAAAUCUCUGCUCAGACUGCCAAUACUUCUUCUUGGAAUAGUUGUAAUGUCUUUUGUUGCCGCAGACGAGGCGUUCAUUGGCAACUUCCUGGCCGUUUACAUGAAGGACAGCUAUCAGAAAACCGUUGAAGUAACAGGGACAAUUUUAAUGGUUUGUGGGGUGUGUUACUCGUUUGCUAUCAUGCUAUUUGGCUAUUUAACAGAUAGGGGACUGUCUCGAGCUGUAACCACAUUAUUAGGAUUCAUUGUUCUUAUUAUUGGAACACUUCUGAUAGACGUCUCAUUAUUUGGAGCAGUAUGGCCGAGUUAUGUGUACCCAGGGAUUAUGUUUGGAUUGGUCGAGGUAGGAAGUGCUAUGAUUCAAGUUUGCAUCUUGCCACUCUUGGUAUUUCAUGAUGGUCAGCCUGAUCAGGAACGCUCAACUGAAGCAAUGACUGGGGUUUACAAUGCAGGGUUCUUCAUCGGAGCUUUUAUUGGGCCUCUGGUGGGAUCUGCUCUAGUGGACUUACUUUCUUUUCCAAAAACGUUCAUUAUCUUUGCAGCUGUUAUGUUUGCUGUAUUUGUUAUUAUUGAAAUUGCAAAUCUAAAAAUGAAAAAUCUAUUGAACAUGAAGGGAAAUCUCAUAAUCGAACCGUACUCUGACUACGCGUACCGGACACUUUAGACAAAGAUAUUUAUGUGACGAAUCAAAAUAUAUUUUCCAAUAAAAGUAUUUAUGUAAGAUGUAAGUUUUAUAAAAUGUUUACU